AUGUUUUCAUAUCUGGCCCAUCGUCGCUCUUGUCGCGCGAAGCAACAGGAGCGUAAUGAGCGCAUCGAGCAGCUCUCGCCUGUCUACCAUAGCGCGUUAUCUGAGGCCGAUAAGAGCAUUCUUGCCAAACCAGUCUCUGAGAUUGUUGCCAACGUGCAAUCCGGCGAGCUCAGCCCGUCGGAUGUGCUCACUGCAUAUAGCAAGAAAGCGCUGAAGGCGCAUGCAGAGACGAACUGUCUCGUUGAGAUCAUGAUCCCUAGCGCAGAAGAAUGGGCGAAAACCUGCGAUACCAAAGGGCCCCUAGCUGGCAUGCCGGUCAGUCUGAAGGAUGAGAUCUCCAUCGCUGGAUUCGACGCGUGCAUUGGGUACUCUGCGUGGGUCGGCAGGACCGUCAAAGCGGAUUCUGCCCUCGUGAAGUUGCUUCGCGAUGCGGGUGCGGUGCCAUUCGUGAAGACUAAUGUGCCUGUGACUAUGUUAUCAUUCGAGUCUGCCAACGAAGUCUUGGGUACGACGACGAAUCCGCACAGCAAAGACUACGCACCCGGUGGAUCGUCUGGCGGGGAGGCCGCCCUGCUCGCCUAUGGAGGAUCGCGUAUUGGAGUCGGCGGGGAUGGUGCGGGUUCAGUUAGGGUGCCUUCCCAUUACUCCGGCACCUACACGGUGAAGGCUUCAUCGCGCCGCUUCUUGAAAGCCGGAAAUACUCACACCAGUAUACCUGGUGUAGAGGGUAUCGGUGUGGUGUUCUCUCCAAUGGCAAGGACGCUUGAAGAUCUUGAGACGUUCUGGCGCGCUGUCAUGAGCAUGCGACCGUGGCAGUACGACGACUCGGUGUUGCCUAUCCCUUGGCGUGAAAUGGAUUUGUCUGCUACGAAAUCACUUCGCUGGGGUGUGUUAUGGGAUGAUGGUGUCGUUGCCCCUUCCCCUGCAUGUCGUCGUGCGUUGCAGGAAGUUGUAGAUGUCCUGAAGGCGGAUGGACAUGAGGUAAUCCCUAUCGAUCCACCGAGCCCUUAUGAAGGUUUACGACUCGCGUCUCAGCUAAUGUACGCGGAUGGAGCCAAAAUGUGCACCAAGCCCAUACGUUUUGGCGAGUUCAACGAUCCCGGCGUUAGAGAAGCCCUCGCUAUGUUCCGUGCACCACGCCUCGUCAAGAAAUUCUAUGCCUGGUACCUUGGACACAUCCGUGGCGAUGAGAUGUACGCAGGGCUCAUCAAAGACUGGUCCGAGAAAACAAUCCCGGAAUACCUCAUGCUCGUUUCACAACGCGAGGCAUACCGCGAGCAGUGGCACCAGUACUUGCAAGACCAGGCACUCGACUUUGUGAUCACUGUGCCGAACGCGCACCCUGCUGUACCCCAUGGGGGCAUGAAGGACGGGUGGAAGUCAUGUGGAUAUACUUUCUUGUGGAAUUUGUUGGAUUACUCUGCGGGUGUCCUCCCUGUGACGCAUGUGGAUGAGACGAAAGAUGCGCUUUCUGCGUUCAAGCCGAGAAAUGCUGUGGAGAGAGGUGCCUACAAAAUAUAUAAUGCAGAGAAGAUGCAUGGCUUGCCAGUAGGCGUGCAGAUUGUGGGGAGACGCCUGGAAGAGGAGAAGGUGCUCGAGGGUAUGAAGAUUAUCCAGAGGCUGCUCAGGCAGGAGGGGAAAGCAUAUGCGCUUCUGGACUUUGACUAA